UAAAAAAGAAUAGAUAUGUAAGAAGUGAUUCUAGUUGACGGAAAACCACGAUUGGUGAUUGCAGAAUGGUGAUUGGAUUUGGUCCUCAGAUGAGCUGACAUGAGCAGAGGAGGAAAAAAGUAAGAAAAGGUUUUUAAAUAGAAUAGAAUAGAAUUGAAUGGGUUUGGUCUUUGUUGCAAGUCGAAAGAGAGUCGAAGGUGCUUUUGAGUUUUGACAAUUAGACGCCACGGACCCUCAGCCUCGGCCUCACAGCUCAACCAACAACCAGCAACCAACAGGGAUCAGGGCUCAGGCUUACUCCUUCAAAUUUUGCAUCUUUUUUCAUAUAAUUAAUUAUUCCAAUCCUUGUUCAUCUAUCUAUCUAUCAAUUCCUGUUAACUGGGUUUCCAGAAUAUAAACCCUAAAACCAUUUCUUUUAAUUCCUUCAUUUUCCUUUUUCUCUAACCCCAAUUUCAUCUCUUCUUCCACGGAGUUUCCUUAUCGCAUUCGCAGUGUUAGGUUUAGGGUUAGAGGAUCAUCGGCAGUAAUGGAAGCGCCUUCCGACGGGCACAGAGAUAGAGAUAGAGAUAGAAAUAAUAACAAUAUCAAUAUCAAUAACAACCACCAUAGAGAUAGAGAUAGAGAUAGAUAUAGGAUUCCUUUCUCCGCAUCCAAUUUCAUACGCUCCCCAAUUUCUACUCUUUUGGAGUAUUCCGGUCUCUUACGUCCCCGCUCCACUGCUUCCCAUGAAUCCGGCUCUCUCAUCGCUGCUGCUAACUCCUCCUCCUCCCCACACCUUCAUGAUUCUUCUCCUAAUGCCGGGCCUGGCCCGGGGGCUGGGGCUGGGGCUGGUGAGGUUUCCAUUCGGAUCAUUGGUGCAGCUGAACAUGAUCACGACCCCACCUCCACCACACCAUCCCAACUUCAUCCAUGCCCCACCGUCCACCCUCUUCCCCUCCCCACCACUGCCACCGAUGCUCAACCUGCUACUGCUGGGGACCCUCACUUCUCUACUUCUACUACCGAUGCUGAGUCCGGUGAUGCCUCUGCUGCCCCAAACAAUAAUAGGGAUUCUACUUAUCAGAGGUAUGACAUUCAACAGGCUGCCCGUUGGAUCGAGCAGAUUCUCCCUUUCUCCUUGCUCCUCCUCGUUGUUUUCAUCCGCCAACAUUUGCAAGGCUUUUUUGUGACAAUUUGGAUUGCUGUUUUCAUGUUCAAGUCCAAUGACAUCCUACGUAAACAAACUGCUCUUAAGGGAGAGAGGAAGAUUCCUCUGCUGGUUGGCAUCUGUACGUUGUUCACACUUCAUGUUGCUGGUGUUUACUGGUGGUACCGAAAUGAUGACCUUCUCUAUCCAUUGAUCAUGCUACCUCCAAAAGAGAUACCUCCCUUCUGGCAUGCCGUUUUUAUCAUCAUGGUUAAUGAUACCUUGGUUCGCCAGGCAGCUAUGAUUGUCAAGUGCAUUCUACUCAUGUAUUACAAAAACAGCAGGGGAAGGAAUUAUCGUAGGCAGGGGCAAAUAUUGACUUUGGUGGAGUAUCUGUUGCUACUGUAUCGUGCGUUGUUGCCAACUCCUGUUUGGUACAGGUUCUUCCUGAACAAGGAAUAUGGAAGCCUUUUUUCUUCGCUAAUGACCGGAUUGUAUUUGACUUUCAAGCUUACUUCUGUUGUUGAAAAGGUUCAAUCAUUCUUUGCGGCAAUAAAGGCAUUGUCACGCAAAGAGAUCCAUUAUGGGGCUUAUGCAACUUCAGAGCAGGUUACCGCUGCUGGGGAUAUGUGUGCUAUUUGCCAGGAGAAGAUGCAUGCUCCGAUCCUACUUCGUUGUAAACACAUUUUUUGUGAAGAUUGUGUAUCAGAGUGGUUUGAGAGGGAAAGAACAUGUCCUCUAUGUAGGGCUUUGGUGAAGCCUGCAGAUCUCAAAUCAUUUGGUGAUGGAUCAACUAGUCUGUUUUUCCAGUUAUUUUGAGCAAGGAGUUUUUCUUAUCUGAUUCCUUGUUCAUUGAAAUGCCAUUUAACAAAAGCCCUUUCAUGAUUUAUUCAAGAACGCAAGCAUGCCGCACUGCUGGUUGUUGGCUACAGAAUCUAAGCAACUGAUUUGACACAUAACUUGACAGAAUGUCUGUUUAUAUGUUGUAUUAAAAACAUCUACUUGUAUCUAAAUUAGCUCGUAAAUUUAUAGAGAACGCGUACAUUCAGACAAUGUAUACAACUGUGCAAUCUCCAGUAAUGGAAGUUUUCUGAUGGAAGCACUGUGCAUCCUGUUCACUUGAUUGUUAAA